UCUAAAAAAAUAUACCUUAAAAGAUUCCGACAAACCUCAUCCAAAACGGAUAAUAGCGGGAGUACAACCACCUCAUUUCAUCCUCCCAAAUCUCACGCACAGCGAAAAUGGCGAUCUCAGUAGCCAGGCUACUGCCCUCCAUGCUCUCCUCCGCAACCUCUUCAACUUCGAAUCCGAAGCCGCCGUCGCCUUCCUCCCCCUUCUCCGUCAAAACCCAUCGGAGCUCGAAGCAGACAACGACCAACAUUUCAAGAAGAGAUUUGUUGAAUGUAGGGCUGGGUUUGAUGCCGCUAGUCGCCAUUCCUCCUCCGCCGUCGACGGCCAGGGAAGUUGAAGUCGGGUCUUACCUCCCGCCGUCGCCCACCGACCCUUCUUUCGUCAUCUUCAAAGCCGACCCCAGGGACACUCCUGCUCUUCGUGCAGGAAAUGUGCAGCCUUACACGUUUAUGCUUCCUCCUACAUGGAAGCAGACCCGUGUAGCCAACAUAUUGUCUGGAAAUUACUGCCAACCCAAGUGUGCCGAGCCCUGGAUUGAGGUGAAAUUUGAGGAUGAAAAGCAGGGAAAGGUGCAGGUGGUGGCCUCUCCUUUGAUACGCCUUACAAAUAAACCCAAUGCCACAAUCGAGGACAUAGGGACCCCUGAGAAGGUCAUCGCUUCUCUCGGCCCUUUUGUCACUGGGAACACAUUAGACCCUGAUGAACUCCUCGAAACUUCCAUUGAGAAGCGUGGUGAUCUGACGUACUACAAAUAUGUUCUCGACACUCCAUAUGCUCUGACCGGAUCACACAAUCUUGCCAAGGCAACAGCGAAGGGGAACACGGUUGUCCUGUUUGUGGCUAGUGCCAAUGAGAAACAGUGGCAGUCAUCACAGAAAACUUUAGAAGCCAUCCUUGAUUCCUUUGAAGUGUAGUUUCUUACCUACAAAAGACGAAAUUCCCUCGCUCUAGGGCCCCACACCCCGGCCUAACAGGGCACGUAAUAACAUGUUUAUAGAGAACUCACUGCUUAAUCCCCUGUUGUUGUGUCUAUCUUAGUUUCACUGUUUUUACUUUUUGUUUUGUACUUGGUAAUAAUAGCAUGUAUAGACAUUAUACUGAAACUGAAUUCCUUAGCCAUCAUCAAUGAGGAUUUUGUGAUCAUUAAGCAAAAUGGAUGGUUUCUA